ACGUACGUCAGUCACAUCAUUCAUUGUCCUAGUGCCCCUGGCCAAUAUAUGGAUGUCACACCCACACAACACGCUCACAUACAAUGCAUGCAAUGUGUCUGUCACUCAACUCACGUGUACCGCCUCCCCGACACGACCCCCCUCUUGUGCACCGGUAGACUCUCGUUGUCGGCGUAUUUGGCCUUCUUGAGCCAACAUGUCAGCCGAUCUGUCGAUGCCUUGUUGGUAUAGUGCGACCAGUAUCUGCAUGUGGGGUGGCUCUGGCAGAGGGACUGACACGCCAGGUGGGAGCUGAUGUGGGCGAUAGGCGUGCCCGGCAGCGACUCGCCAGUGUACUCCACGUCCACGUCAUAGCCCCCUAAGGCACGCGCACACACACACACGUGGAGAGAGAGAGAGAGAGAGAGAGACAUGCAUUGAGAUCUCUCUCGCUUUGUUUGUGUCGUCUCUUCGUCUGUCUCACCACAUGCCUUUGGCCCGGUGACAUAUCCCUGUGCGUCAAUCCCCUCUGUCUUCGUUUUCUGAUGCCGCGCCCGCUUCAAGUAACACGCAUACGCCCUCCCCUCCUCAAUGCUGUCGCGGAGACCACUCUCGGCCGCAUCACUGCUGGUCGUUUGCUCUUCUGUCUCCCCCACAUACACAAACCCAUUGCAGUUGACGCUGGCCUGACAUAGCUCCUGACACACCAGCGGGGCGUCGAUCAACACCUGCUGCCCGUUCUUCGGAUGUGGGGCGAGCCGGGUGGAAGCCACCGGCAUGUGUGGAAGGCUCUCCCCCUCACAGAAUGCGUUGCUUUCCAUACACUCGCACAGUCGUGGCCCGGAAACGACGUGGGCCUCCGGCUCCAGCACUGCUGGGCUGUGGCCUGCCUUCAGGACACAUCUGAAGUCCUUUUCGUGCCAUGAGAAACCGCCGCAGCCCGUGGUGUGCUGGCAGCGAUAUUGGCAUAGUAUGGCGGACAUGAUGCCCUCCUCUGGUGGGACGCGCUGCAGGUCCCGUGUGUUGGUCGUCUCGGGGAGCAUGCAGCUGUGGUCCUCACGCGUGUAGGCCGGCAAGCUGCUAAAGCUCCGCUUGGCAUCGCCUGCACACAAAAGGUACAUAUAAGAGACAGACAAGAGAGCACCUGCGCAUCCAUUCAUUCACUCAGACGUGCGCUCACCGCCUCCUGGCAUGAUCGCCCCCUGCCACACCUCCACCUCGCACAGCGACAAGAUCCGCUGAGGAACAUCCGCUGCGGCCUUGAGCACAAGCCACACAUAUUCGCCCUUAGGUAGGUUGUCACACGUCAGCUGGGUCCAUUCGCUUGGUGGAAUAUCUCUUAGCUCAACUUCUGGCUCGCACUCUGUCAGAUUGGCCUCCCCGAACCUCUCAUCAUCACUCUCGCCUACGAAGACUCUGAUGUCCUCUGCACACACGCACAAUUGGGGGUCGCUUCUCCAAGCAAUUGUCUCCAAGGAUCCGUCAUUGUGUAUCACCUAGCAAUGAAGCACGUUUCGGAGCCAGGAAGCGGACAGCCCCGAUCGAAAAGGGAUGUGUAAGGGCUAUGCGCAGCCACGGCUGGGGGGAUGGCGGCGUCUGGCUGCCUGGCAAUAGAGACACGUAGCGAAACAGAGACGAUGAGGAUCAUGUCUCACUUCUUUACAUUUGGAUGGAUCGGGUGUGCCGUCGACAGCGGGGGACGCCGGCUGGCUGCCGCUGCCGCUGCCGCCAUCGGGGUGCUGCUUGACAGGCCGGUGGAGCGCCAGGUUGGGCGGCGCCACCCUCAGUCUCUGCCUCAUCUCUGUCUUCAUCGCCUCCAAAGCCCUCUCGUCAAAUCCCCACACAGCCACCUCACACAGCGUCAUGACGGCGUGUGGCGCAAACGGCAGCACCACCCACACGUAUCGGCCUGUGGGGUACAGCACGUCCGUCACCCAGCCAUAGUCCACGACUUUCUGGCAUUCGAUGGUCGUGGUGCCUCCGGCCAUCCACUUGUUCAUGCCGCCGCCGGGAGGGAUGCAGGGUAGGUUUCCUGCUGCUCGAUAGGCGCCGGGGUCGUU